AUAAUAUAUAGUACUUGGUUAAGGCAAGGGUUUGGCAUAUCUUCAUGACUUUAUUGAUCCUCCAAAGCUCCAAUCAUCCACAGAAACAUCAAAUCAAGUAACAUCGUACUUGAUGUCUGACUGCAAAGAUUGCUGACUUCUGCCUUGCAAAACUUUUGGAAAACCCUGAGAAAGGUCAUGUCACACAAGUACACAACUCUAGUGCAAGGAACUAUGAUCCUGAGUAUUAUUUGACGUUUGAGCUAUCGAAAACGAGUGACGUGUGUUCGUGUGCAUCGAUGCUUGAGCUGUUAACGGGUAAAAGUCCGACAUAUGAAAGCAAAAACGUGGGGAGAAUAGUAAAGAUGAAGAUGGAUAUAUAGAUCAAGUAACUUGUAUGACAUGCAAGACUUGCUGGACACAACAAUCAUUGCAAGCAGCGGGGUCUGUAUGUUGACAUGGCCCUGAGAUGCGUAGAGGAAAAGGGACUCGCAGGUUUAAGCCCUAAUAUAGAUUCAGCAUCGACUUUGAGUGCAUAGAGAUGGUUGAAGCUCUGUGGUUUGAUGAGACGGGUGUUUACGAACUUUUUGUUAUCGCCCUCUGUAACAUCUCUGUAGCAAAAAGAAAAAGAUACUUGUUAGACUCACAUAACUUGUGCUGCAUCAAUUAUGCAUACAUAUUUUCCUUUUCCGUGAUAUUUCAAGUUGGUUGUAUUACCAAUCAAUAUUUUGUAUGGUAUAUAUAUCGUUUAAUGAAGUCCGAUUUAGUUGGG